AGAAUUGCAUUGAUCACGUUUUUCUUAGAACAAUUAGCCGAACUCUGCCUUGUUUAUCAUUAUUUUAGGUAGUAAAACCUCAUUAUUUCAGGUUAAACUGCCGUCUUGGAGAUAAAUAAGUGGGUUUUUGGGGUUACAGGUUGGGGCCUGGGUCUCUAAAAGGUUCGCCAUCCCUGUACUAUACCCAUUUAUCUGUACCCAUUUCCUGGGUCCUCCUUCUUCAUGCUUGUUCUUAUUCCUGUUAUCGAAUUCAUGCUUGGCGAAAUAAAACAAAUAAGAACGAAGCAACAGAUCUACCACAUCCCCGAAGGGCUGGGUGAAGGCGGGAGGGGCGGGGACGGCUUCUCGCCACCCAAGCCUCCCUCGCAGGGCUGGCACUACGGGAUACUCGCCCGGCAGAGAGAGGAGGAGACCGCCGUCGUCCCCGCGCAAAGCCCAGCCGCCCUUGCCCGGCUGCCCUUCUCCGCCCUGGCAUGACUUCCAGACCCUGGAGAGAAGCCGCCACGCUGCUCCUGGCAGCGGGCGGCGGGCGUCCUCCUUCUCCGCGCCCGGCCGCCUUCGACUACCAGGUGUUGCUGCUCCGCCGGAGCGCCCGGAGCGCCUUCAUGCCCAGCGCCCAAGUCUUCCCAGGCGGCCUGGCCGUAGCCGCCGACUUCUCGCCCGCCUGGCGAGACCUGCUGCCCAAUGCGCCGCGCUGCGGGCUGGACGCCGAGCCUCCCGCCAGGCCUCCGCUCUUCGCCGCCCGGCGGCCCGAGCUAGGCGAAGCCGCCCUGCCGGCCGACGUGGCCUUUCGCAUCUGCGCCAUCCGGGAGACCUUCGAGGAGAGCGGGCUGCUGCUGGUGGUGCCCGCCGGGACCGACGCCCAGCCGGCUUCGCUGCUGGAGAUGCCGGCCGCCCAGAAACUGCUGCCGGCCGGCCAACUGGAGGAGUGGCGGCGGCGGGUGCAAGGCGACCCGGAGGAUUUCCUGCAGCUCUGCCGCCGCCUGGGCUGCGCGCCCCACGUGCGGGCGCUCCACGAGUGGGGCAACUGGCUGACCCCCGUGAGCCGAGCCGGGCCGUCCAGCCGCCGUUACGACACCGCCUUCUACCUGUGUUGCUGCCUCGGGCAGGAGCUGCCCGCCGCCUCCCACGACCGGCAGGAAGUGGCCGGUUGCAGGUGGUCAACCCCUUUAGAAGCUGUCGAACUUUUUAACUCUGGAGAAAUCUGGAUAGCACCACCUCAGCUUUAUGAGUUAUGUAGGCUGUGCCAUUUUUCAUCCCUUCAUGAUCUGGAGUUGUUUAGCUCAGAGCGAGCUUUAGAAGGUUGUGAACGCUGGAUGUCAGUUGUGUUGAUGGCUUCAGAUGGCCACAUGCAAGUGUUGCCAGGUGACGAUUUAUAUCCCAAAGAUCCCGAUUUUACUGGCGAAAAGAAAUCUGCGUUGACAACAAAUAAAAAGAUUGAAGAACUAAUGAAGGAGGCCAGAAACCUUCAUCGUAUAGUCACACGAAGCCGUAAUAAUGUAACUAUCCACAUGAAUAUUGAAUCAAAAUAUAAACAUAUAAAUCCAGUUAGACUGGACUCUAAAAUGUGAAAUAAUGCAGAUUGUAACAGUUCAGUUGUAGUGUUUCUCAUACUGGAAUCACUAAAUUUUGAGAGAUGUUGGAAUAAAAAUGAAUUAAUAGCACUGUGCCAUUUCGUGGACCUACCUCAAUAUCGUAUUUAUGUAAAUUAUUUCAGGUUCAAGUUGUGUUGAUCAAUGUUAUUAUUCUUGUGAUGCAAAUAUGCCAAUUCUGGAAUAGAGGUCUCUCUUCUAAGUUUUCAGUUUUAAGUACUAAGUUUACUUUGUAAAUUAUAACUAUACUGACAUAUCCUUAAAAAGAGUCAAGGUAAUUUGAAACUGAAUGACAAUCAUUCAGUACUGUACAGUACUGUAAACAAAAGACUAUCUAUCACAUUAUGUUUUAACAUACAUAUUUGAAUUAUUAUUAUAAUGAUCAUAAAUGAUAAAUAGCCAUGUAUCCAAAGUACAUGGAUUUGAUUGAUUGCUUUCCUUGACGUUGAUUUCAGAAUAGUGGCUAUGACCUAUUGAAGCUUUUCAAUAUGCAUUUACUACAUGCACACACAUUAAAAGGGGCAGAACCUUGGUCCCCUGGGUGCAUCUGGUAUUUUAAAGGCAGGGACCAUUCCUGCAGAUGCUCCUGUUGACCGAGAGGUCAUUUGCCAAAAUUGAAAAAAAACUGAACACUUUAAAUGUACAUAACAGUAUAUUUCUCUCUACCUGGGAAUCGUAUUCAAAAUAAGUGCAUUGCAGAUUGUAAAUGCAUAUAUUCAGAACUACUACUAGGAAGCACUGUAUUUAGAUUAACUUGUUUAUGCUGACUAUCCAAGGAAUAAAGUCCACUGUAGGCCUGGACCUCUGUUCUUUUUUUUUUUAAUGUCACCAGUUGUGCCUUUACAUUAACUAUGUUAUAUAACUCUAACGAGUGUCUGUUAAAAAUAAACACUUGUAAGCAGUA